GAAACUGACAGAAAAUGAAAAGUCUAUUUUUGAUAUUGGCUAUGAUUGAGAUCUUCUCCAUUAUACACCGUGUUCAACCACAGAAUCAAGACGGAUUCAUCACUUUGGAUUGUGGCAUGCCCUUUGAAGAAUCCCCUUAUACUGAUCCAGAUAGUGGAUUAGUAUUCACAUCAGAUUCGACCCUCAUCCAGACGGGAAAGAGCGGCAGAGUCGAUAAAGCUUUUGACAAAUUACACAUAAAACCAUAUCUGGUUAUGAGAUACUUUCCAGAAGGACUACGAAACUGUUACACUUUCAAUGUCACGCGUGACACAACUUAUCUAAUUGGAGCCAUGUUCUUUUAUGGAAACUACGAUGGUACUAAUACUUACCCGAACUUCGAUCUCUAUCUUGGUCCUAAUAGGUGGGAGACAAUCGAUUUGGAUAAAUAUAAAAACGGUACAUGGGUUGGUAUGAUCCACAUACCACGAUCAAGUUCUUUGGAUAUGUGUCUUGUCAAGACAGGGACAUCAUUUCCAUUGAUAUCAGCCAUUGAAAUACGCCCAUUUGGAAACAAUACAUAUGGCCCUCGUCCUGGUUCGCUGAGUACUUUACGGUAUUUUUUCAACGAUUCAUCUAGCAAUAUCAGGUAUCCGCAUGAUCUACAUGAUCGUAUUUGGUCUCCAUACGAUCAAGAAUAUGAAGAAUGGCGUGUAAUAAACACAACCCUCAGUAUAAGCAAUCCCGGAAUCUAUGAAACACCAAAACCUGUACUAGCGACAGCAGCAACCCCUUUGAAUGACAGUUUGCCAUUAUAUAUCUACUGGUCAACUAUACCCCCCACUGCUGCAGUUUACGUAUACAUUCACUUUGCCGAGAUACAAGUCUUACAAGCCAACGAAACCAGGGAAUUCGACAUUUACUUCAACGGAAACUCUAACUAUUCAGCUUUUAGUCCGCCCAAGUUAGAGCAACGUACUAUAACCUUUUCAGCAGUACAAUGCCCUGAAGGGUUCUGCUCAUUGCGGCUAGAAAGAACGAAGAAAUCAACUCUUCCACCUCUGAUCAACGCUAUUGAGGCUUUCAGUAUCAUUGAGUUUCCAUUUGCGGAAACUAACCAAAGUGAUGUUGCGGUAAUCAAGAAUAUCAAAGACACUUAUAGGCUAACUAAAAUCAGUUGGCAAGGCGAUCCAUGUGUUCCACCAGACGUUUCCUGGGAACAUCUAAAAUGCACGUACAAAGAAAAUUCCAGUCCACCAAGAGUAACGUCCUUGAACUUGUCAUCACAGGGAUUGACCGGGAGCAUAGUACCAAGUAUACAAAAUCUGACACAACUUCAAGAAUUGGACUUGUCUAAUAACACCUUGACCGGAGAAGUGCCUAUAUAUCUUGCGAAGAUGAAAUCAUUGUUGGUCAUCCUUGAAGGGAAUCCAGACCUAUGCAGCAUUAGUUCGUGCAUUGAAAAGGAAAAAAAGAAAUUCCUAGUACCGAUUGUUGCAUCAAUAGCUUCUUUACUUGUUAUCAUAGUCGUCCCGCUUCUCAUUUUCGUGCUCCGGAAGAAAAAGGUUUCUUCAGAUAAGACACCCACAAAAAGUGGACCAGUAGAAGAUGGUGGAGAUUCUUAUGAAUCAGAACCUUCAUUUCUCACGAAAAACAGAAGGUUUACUUAUGAUGAGGUUACAACCAUGACAAAUAACUUUGAACGGGUUCUUGGGGAAGGAGGUUUUGGCGUUGUUUAUCAUGGUCUUUUAAAUGGUGCCGAACAAAUAGCUGUUAAAGUCCUCUCCCAAUCAUCGGCUCAAGGCUACAAGCAAUUCAAGGCAGAGGGAAAUGGAGUGGAUCUGUCUUGAGCUGGAAAACUAGACUAAUAAUAGCUGUGGAUUCCGCACAAGGUACAUUUUAAACUAUUCUUAAUCAUUCAUUUAUCUUUGCCUUAUGAAUAAGCAUUAUAAUAUUGG